CUACAGGAACGCAACGAGGAGCUGCACAAAUUGCGUAAGAAGACGAUUACAGUUGUGCAGAUAUUGACGCACAUGCGAGAGAAACUUCAGUUUGUGGAAGAGAAGAAUGACGGCGUGCGCGAGGAUCUUUCGCUGCUCGAGGGCGAGCUGACGCAACGACGCGACCUUUUGACGCAACUGAAGCGCGAACGAGAUGAAGACAAGGCGGAAAAUGCACGCCUCAAGCAGCAAGCGGGUAUCUCCAGUUCAGAGGCCAUGGCCUCGGACUACGCUGGCCGAAAAGCGAAAAUCGAUCGCCUCAAAGAAGAAAUCUCGGCCAUGACGGAAGACAUCAAGAGGAAGAGCAAUUUCGCCAAGACGGUUUUCCAGCUGGUGCCGCAAAACUAG